CGGCAUCUGCAGGUGCGCACUCGGGAUUAGCAGAGACGUCUUUCCUGCUUCGACUGCAUUUCUCUGCGUCUUAACUGUACUGCAUUACAUUCCACCCUGUCCAACGAAGUGGAGGCCCUUCUCGCUGAUUUGGAUCUACGCGGCCAAGGUUUAGUGGGAGUAGUCUCUUCGAGCGAGCUUGCCUUCCCACAUGCAUGCUACCCUUCAUCCUGCAGUUUCCUUCUGAAAUCCCGGGGAAAAGGAGCAGCUAACGAGUCAUCUGAAAGGUUUUUUCUGUCUUCUGAGUUUGGAAAUCUGUUAGUUGCCUAUUCCUUUUAUGCAUGGAGAAUAAUAGUGAUGAAGCAAUGGGUGCAUCUCGGCAUAACUCUCGCCCAAAGGUUCACAGCACAAUGUGCAAUGAGCUGUCUUUGAUGUUAGAUAAGGUUUCCUCUAUUCUUCCAUCAAUAGAAGCUGCUCAACCAGGAUGCAAAGCAGGUGUAGAGGAACUAUGCAACCUAUACAGCAUAGUUGACAAAGGGAAACUCAUAAUCCAGAACAGCAUUGAAUGUAGCAGUCUUUACUUGGCUAUUACUAGUGAAGCAACUGCAAUGCGGUGCGAAAGGAUAAGGAACUCACUGAGGCGGAGCUUGUUCCUGAUCCAGAACAUGGUUGAACCAUUGUUAGCUAAUGAGGUGGCUGACGUUCAUAAUGAUCUACGAGAUCUUAAAUUCAUUGUUGAUCCAACAGAAGAGGAUGCUGGAAAUGCUAUUCUGGAGAUGCUUCGGCAAUCUGAAGUAACCCAUCAACUGGAACUUGAGACCUUCCUGUUAGCAGCUUCGAAGUUGAACAUUACAUCACCCAAAGCUAUCUUAAUUGAAAGAAGAGCAAUCAAGAAAUUACUUACCAAGAUCAAUGGCACGGAUCCUAAAAAGGAAGGAAUUCUUAAGUAUCUCCUAUAUCUUGUUAGGAGAUACGGGAAGAAUACUAAGCCAGAGACUGGUGAGAAGAAUAACAAUGUGAAUGCUGCAGCUGAAAUCAUGAGUUCGGACUUAGUUAAUGGUAUCAGUACUCCUCAAAGAUGCAUUUCAAAUGUAGAGUCUGGCAAUGUGAGAUACGACGAUCAGAAUAAUUUAGUGGGAGCAGCACACCGCCUCCAGAGUUAUGCUGCCCAAUGUCUAUGAACCUGAUGCGAGAUCCUGUUAUAAUAGCAUCUGGACAAACAUAUGAAAGAGAAAAUAUAGAGAGAUGGUUCAAGGAGGGAUAUAGUACUUGUCCUAGGACACAGAUGAAAUUACAAAACUUCACGGUAACUCCAAAUGCUUGCAUGAA